GUUAAACUUCCUCUCUCAGCCACACAGGAAGCUGAGCCGGCUUGGGGCCCAGCAAACGCAGGCCCCCAGGACCCCUGGGGAGAGGGCCCCGCUGGGCUGGCCCUGCAGGGACCAUGGAAUCCAGAGCUGAAGGGGGCGCCCCUGCCGUGUUUGAUUGGUUCUUCGAAGCGGCCUGCCCCGCCUCCCUGCAGGAGGAUCCCCCCAUCCUGCGGCAGUUCCCUCCAGACUUCAGGGACCAGGAAGCUAUGCAGAUGGUGCCUAAAUUCUGCUUCCCUUUUGAUGUGGAAAGGGAGCCCCCCAGCCCCGUCGUGCAGCAUUUCACCUUCGCCCUCACAGACCUUGCCGGCAACCGCAGAUUUGGUUUCUGCCGCUUGCGGGCGGGUACCCAGAGCUGUCUCUGCAUCCUCAGCCACUUGCCCUGGUUCGAGGUGUUUUACAAGCUACUGAACACAGUGGGAGACCUCCUAGCCCAGGACCAGGUCUCCGAGGCAGAGGAACUUCUUCAAAAUCUGUUUCAGCAGUCCCUGUCUGGGCCCCAGGCCUCAGUGGGGCUGGAGCUGGGCAGCGGAGUGACCGUCUCCAGCGGGCAGGGUAUCCUGCCCCCUACCCCGGGAAAUAGCAAGCCGCUGUCCUGCUUCGUGGCCCCGGACUCCGGCCGCCUGCCAUCCAUCCCUGAGAACAGGAACCUAACGGAGCUGGUGGUGGCCGUUACUGACGAGAACAUCGUGGCGCUGUUCGCGGCGCUCCUGGCGGAGAGAAGAGUCCUGCUCACUGCCAGCAAACUCAGCACACUGACCUCGUGCGUCCACGCGUCCUGCGCGCUCCUGUACCCCAUGCGCUGGGAGCACGUGCUGAUCCCCACGCUGCCCCCACACCUGCUGGACUACUGCUGCGCGCCCAUGCCCUACCUCAUUGGAGUGCACGCCAGUCUCGCCGAGAGAGUACGAGAAAAAGCUCUGGAGGACGUCGUGGUGCUGAACGUCGACGCCAAUACUUUGGAGACAACAUUUAACGAUGUGCAGGCGCUGCCUCCAGACGUGGUGUCCCUGCUGAGGCUCCGACUCAGGAAGGUCGCCCUGGCCCCCGGGGAAGGGGUGUCCCGUCUCUUCCUCAAAGUCCAGGCCCUCCUCUUCGGAGGGUACCGCGAUGCACUCGUCUGCAGCCCGGGCCAGCCAGUGACCUUCAGUGAGGAAGCCUUCUUGGCCCAGAAGCCUGGGGCACCUCUGCAGGCCUUCCACCGGCGGGCUGUGCACCUGCAGCUGUUCAAACAGUUCAUCGAAGCCCGACUGGAGAAGCUCAACAAUGGGGAGGGCUUCUCAGAUCAAUUCGAGCAGGAGAUCACCGGCUGCGGGGCCUCCUCAGGGACCAUUCGAUCCUAUCAGCUCUGGGCAGACAAUCUAAAGAAAGGCGGUGGUGCCCUCCUGCACUCAGUCAAGGCCAAGACCCAACCAGCAGUCAAGAACAUGUACCGCUCGGCCAAGAGUGGCUUGAAGGGGGUGCAGAGCCUUCUAAUGUAUAAGGAUGGGGACUCUAUCCUGCAGAGGGGGGGCUCUCUGAGGGCCCCAGCCCUUACCAGCCGCUCAGACCGCCUGCAGCAACGCCUCCCAAUCACUCGGCACUUUGGACAGAACCGGCCCCUUCGCCCCAGCAGGAGACGCCGGCUGGAAGAGGGACCUUCCGAGCCCCCAGGGGUGGGGACACCCCCUCUGAGUCCUGAGGAUGAGGGGUGCCCAUGGGCAGAAGAAGCUCUGGACAGCAGCUUCUUAGGGUCUGGAGAAGAACUGGAUUUGUUGAGCGAGAUUCUGGACAGUCUUAGCGUGGGAGCCAAGAGUGCAGGCAGCCUGAGACCGAGCCAGAGUUUAGACUGCUGUCACAGAGGAGACCUGGACAGCUGCUUCAGCCUGCCUAACAUACCAAGAUGGCAACCAGACGAUCAGAAACUACCAGAGCCAGAGCGCCAGCCCCUGUCCCUGCCAUCCCUGCAAAGCACCUCGUCUUUGGAUGCCACCAGCUCUUCAAAGGACCCCAGGUCCCAGCUAAUACCCUCAGAGUCCGACCAAGAAAUCAUCUCUCCAUCCCAGUCCUCAACAGCUUCUGCAGACCCAAGCAGCCGAGGGGACCCCGAACCCUCUCCUCUCACAGAGCCCCUAAUUCUUCAUCUCGCCCCUUCCCACAAGGCAGCUGAAGAUUCUAGAACCCAGGAAAACUCUGCUUCCUGGCUCUCCACUGCACCCACUGAGCCCAGCCCUCCAGAAAGCCCCCAAAUUCUGGCCCCCACAAAGCCCAACUUUGAUAUAGCCUGGACGUCCCAGCCCCUCGAUCCUUCCUCAGACCCCAGUUCUCUGGAGGACCCCAGAGCCCAGUCUCCCAAGGCCCUGCUAGCAGAGCACGCUCACCUCCAGCCACUCGAGGAACCAGGAGCCCCGAAUUCCCCUGCUACACCCACCAGCAACUGGCAAAAGCUCCAGCCCAGCAGCCGGCCCAGAGUCGCUGAUCUUAAGAAGUGCUUUGAGGGUUAAGAAUCAGGGGUCCAGGAGAGACCCCAGUCCCUCAGUAAAGCCACAAGAGCCCAAAGCUGGUUUUUUCCUGGUGAAUUUCUCUGGUGCCCUCAUUCUGCUCAGAAAUCCAUCCCACCCACCUCUGUCCCUCCAAGGGCAGCCUCUCUAACUGAGUCGUAGCGGGGAAUUCCAGGAAGCCUCCUGGUCCUCUAGAAUCCCGGCAACCUUACAGUUCCUCUGGGCAUGCGUCACCUCCAUCUCAGCUAAUGCUCCCACCAGCUCAAACACACCAAUAAAGCUUUUAUUACAUCUUACU